AUAGCUAUUAGCUAUAUAUCCUUCCCAUCUCUCUCUAUAGAUCUCGUACAAACAACACAGUUUUAGUAAUUUGUUGAUACAUAGAGAUUGAGAGAGUGAUCAGGGAGAGCACUACAUAUUCUAUUGGCCCUUGAGCCAUUUGGUGUUGUUUAGUAGCUAGAAAUCAAGAAUGCAAUUAAUGAUGGAAUUCCAAGGCCAUAUCUUCUUCAUGUGCUUAUUAGUCUUUGCAUUUUCAUCCAUUGUAGCUGUGCCAAAAGAGCAAGAACAGGAUCGAAUCUCAGCGCUCCCGGGGCAGCCACGUGUCGCAUUCUCUCAAUUCUCCGGUUAUGUCACUGUGAAUGACCAACAUGGUCGCGCACUCUUCUACUGGCUCACUGAAUCCCCCACUUCACCCAAGAAUAAGCCUCUCGUUCUUUGGCUCAAUGGAGGGCCGGGAUGCUCAUCGGUAGCAUACGGGGCAUCAGAAGAAAUUGGGCCAUUCCGUAUAAACAAAACUGGUUCUUCUCUAUAUCUCAACAAAUAUGCAUGGAACAGAGAUGCAAAUAUUCUCUUUCUUGAAUCGCCUGCUGGUGUUGGCUUCUCAUACACAAAUACCAGCUCUGAUCUCAAAACUUCAGGGGACAAGAGGACAGCUCAGGAUGCACUGAUUUUUCUAAUUAGAUGGAUGUCAAGGUUUCCACAAUAUAAAUAUAGGGAGUUUUACAUUGCUGGGGAAAGCUAUGCAGGGCAUUAUGUCCCCCAGUUGGCUAAGAAAAUCCAUGAUUAUAAUAAAAAGAAUCCUCAAAUUAUUAAUCUCAAAGGGUUCAUUGUGGGAAAUGCUGUGACUGAUAGCUACAAUGAUGGGAUUGGAACUGUGACAUAUUGGUGGAGCCAUUCUAUUAUAUCUGAUCAGUCAUACAAAUCUAUCCUCAAAUACUGCAAUUUCACAGCAGAAGAAACAUCUAAAAAAUGUGAUGAUGUUUAUAGUUAUGCGGUUAACUAUGAAUUUGGAAAUAUUGAUGAAUACAGCAUCUACACCCCUAAAUGCACAACAUCACAAAACAAUACUGUGAGGCACAUACAACGAUUCAAGAAUCUUCAUAUGAUUUCAGGAUAUGAUCCAUGUACUGAAAAUUAUGCAGAGAAAUACUAUAACCUUCCAGAAGUGCAGAAAGCAAUGCAUGCAAAUGUUACCAACAUUCCUUACAAAUGGACUGCUUGCAGUGAUGUGCUCCUAAAAUAUUGGAAGGAUUCUGAAAUUUCUGUGUUGCACAUAUACAAAGAGUUAAUUGCUGCGGGAUUGAGAAUAUGGGUUUUCAGCGGGGACACAGACUCUGUGGUUCCAGUGACUGCCACAAGGUUUUCUCUCAACCACCUUAACCUCAGCAUCAGAACUCGUUGGUAUCCAUGGUACUCAGGUUAUGGACAGGUGGGAGGAUGGACAGAGGUGUAUGAUGGACUCACUUUUGCAACAGUUAGAGGAGCUGGCCAUGAAGUACCUUUAUUUCAGCCAAAGAGAGCUUACAUUCUUUUUAAGUCCUUUUUGGCAGGAGAGGAACUACCAAAACAUUAAUUCACAUGUAUUCAUUAAUCAUUAAUAAUUAAUAUAUCUUUCAUGCUUCCACCUCUA